AUGGAGAACGCCAUGAAGAUUGUUCAUUUUUCGAUUCUGUUGCUAUUUUUUGUAGCAAAGCUGUAUCGUUCUCUCCCUUUAUCGACAAAAUCAAGAUGGGUCGUUGAUGAGUUGACAGGUGAGCGAGUCAAGUUUAAGUGUGUAAACUGGCCUGCUCAUUUGAAACCCAUGUUAGCCGAGGGGCUAGACAAGAGGCCGCUAAGCCUCAUUGCAAGGCAUGUUGCUUCGUUGGGGUUCAAUUGUGUCCGUCUCACUUGGGCUACACAUAUGUUUACCCGUUAUAGUAACAAGACAGUUAUGCAAUCUUUCCGUGAUUUGAACCUUAUAAACGCAAUCAACGGUCUUCAGAGGUAUAAUCCUCACGUUUUGGAUCUUACGGUGGUUGAUGCACUAACGAUGGUGAUAAAUGUGAUUGCGUCUUAUGGACUCAUGGUCGUGCUUGAUAACCAUGUGAGCGAACCAAUGUGGUGUUGUUCCAAUAAUGAUGGUAAUGGCUUUUUCGGUGAUGAGUUUUUUGACCCAGAAGAGUGGGAGCGUGGUUUAUUUAUCGUGGGAGAACGUUAUAGGAAUACAAAAAUGGUUGUGGCUAUAAGUUUACGGAAUGAACUACGUGGGAGACGUCAAAAAUGGGAUGAAUGGUAUCGAUGGGUUCGUAGAGGUGCAACAACGAUCCACAAUACUAACUCUAACGUGCUAGUCAUCAUUCCGGGUUUACACUAUGAUCUUGACUUUAGCGCAUUAAAAACCAAUCCUUUAGGACUAGAUGAGAGAUUAUCAAACAAGAUAGUAUACGAAACACACAGAUACUCAUUUACGGCCGGGCAAGCGAGAUGGCUACGUCAACCACUUAACCAAGUAUGUCUAAGUAUCAUUCGUGAUACAUAUAAGAACGUCGGCUUUUUAACAACGGGGCCAAAUCCAGCCCCGUUAUUUAUAUCCGAGUUUGGCGUAAACCUAAUGGGCACGAACCGGGCCAACAACCUUUUCUUACCUUGUUACAUGGCUUAUUUGUCUGAAAUGGACUUGGAUUGGGCCUUAUGGUCUUUACAAGGAAGUUAUUACCUUAGACAAGGGAUCCAAAAUAUGGAUGAACCAUAUGGACUCCUAAAUAAUGAUUGGACUGGACUAAGAAAUCCCGAUUUUAACAGGAAAUUGUAUCUUGUCCAACAAAUUCUGCAAGUUCCAAAAUUGACAUCAAGUAACUACACAUUUAUGUAUCAUCCGUUGACCGGACUUUGCCUAAAGUCGGGCUUAAUGAGCCAAGUCAUAGGUGACGAAUGCUACACGCUGACAGAAUGGAGUCACGUUGGUGAUUGGAAUCCAAUCCAGCUAUCAAGUACCAAGUUGUGUAUGAUGGUGGUCGGAGAUGGGCUUCCAGUGAAGUUAACAACGGAUUGCUUCACCAAAAGGAGUACAUGGAAAUUGAUACCAAAUUCUUUUCAAAUCUCGAGCAAAGACGAAAAUGGUGUGGAUCUUUGUCUGGACCUUGAUCUAAAUAAUAAUAACUCGACAAUCUUGAGCAAGAAAUGCAUAUGUGGAGGAGCUAACUCGUCUAAAUGCCUUGAAAAUCCUCAAAGUCAAUGGUUUCAGUUCGUUUCUACUAAUAGUAGAUCCUUAUAG